AUGUAUAAGUUGUGCGCACUAAUAGGAUUACUAUUUGUUAUAGAAGCAUGCUUGGCUCGACCAGGGUCUGCUCCUGAACGGCGUGGCCCUCCGGCCAAACGUCCACCUCCAAGACGUGGACCCCCACCUCCUGCCAGAGUUCAACCUCCUCCUCCCCCAAGAGGUAGGAGACCUCCUCCACCACCACCACCACCACCACGCAGAAGGGCACCGCCACCACCACCAGCUUACAACUCCUACUAUGACUAUUAUCCUACAUCAGCGCCAUCUUACUUUUUUGCCGACGAUUGUGAUUGCAAUACAGGGGAUUGUCCCCCGGGCACCAGAUACGAGGGGUCCUGUGGAGACGACAAGAAUUACUGUUGUUAAUUCCAUCCUUAUGAUAUCAGGUUCCAAUAGUAAGGUCCUUAAAAACCUUUAAACCUUUUUAAUCAAAAGUUGGAAAGACUGGGAUGAUGAAGAACACAAAAAUAACAAUAAUACCUGC